AUGAUAUGGAUUGUGUACCAUAUGAUGUACCCUGUUCAGAAUCCGGGGUACACAUCGACCAAUUUCCUUGGAAGCUCUGCAACCUUUGUCCUAACAGCCCUGGAUCUCCUGCUGAUCAACCCUCAAGCCGGGAGCGACUUUGUCGACGCCAAUGGACACACCAAGGGCUUCUUCUCUCGCCUAGUAGAGGCUGUUCGGCUGGUCACAUUUGCGCGGGCUGUCAACACACCCCGACAAGUGAAGAACGUCCCGCCAUUCCCAGAAUACUACACUAAGAGGGAUCCGAAGGUGAUCCCUCGAGGUCGAUUUUUGGACGAAAUUUCUUCGGGCCAAUGGAAUAUCUCAGGACGAGCAUUGAUAGAACAGGCUAUCCAAAGCCUCAUUGCGUGGUUUGUUGUGUCUCGGAUUCUGCUCAGCUUUUAUUACCGCGUCGCUUCGAUCCUCUUUGUGAGUCUGGGGGAUUCGCCGGCGAAUAGCCCGCCGAUGAUUGGGAGAAUGGCAGAUGCAUACACACUGCGGAAUUACUGGGGGAAAUUCUGGCACCAAAUGCUACGACUGCCCCUUACAUCGACUAGUAACUUUCUAGCGCGGGAUAUCCUCGGUCUGCCUAGAUCGACGUUUGUGGAGCGGUACACCAACGUGUUCAUCGUUUUCUUUUUCUCCGGCGUGAUCCACGUCGUACUUGAUAGUCUGCGAAACGUUUCACCAUGGGAGUUUGGGACUAUGUCUUUUUUCCUAUCUUUUGUUGUCGGCUAUAUCAUUGAAGAUGGUGUCCAGGCUCUCUGGAAACGAAAAUCUGGCCCCCAUAAAAAUGUCAGCCUGCCGGCCUGGUGGCAAAGGGCACUUGGCUUUUGUUGGGUCGCUGCAUGGCUGGGGAUUACAUCUCCUUGGUAUUUUAGGUCGGCGAUGCUAAAGCCGGAAGAACAGAUGGUAUUGGUUCCUUUCAGCGUUGCUGGGCUCAUUAGCCUUCCUGUGUUGAAUAGUAUAGUCAUUGGCGGCGGUCUUGUGUUGAUGCUUGUAUUCGAGGGAGAGAUUUGA